ACCAAACAGCCUUCCAGCACCAAGAGAGCUCAAGAACACUUGGCUACUACAAAAACAAAACCCUUUUUCAAUCUCCUUUGUGAGUAAACUAAAAUGGCCUUAACGCAAGGCCACAACAAGCCAGCAGCCAAGGAGGGCUCAUUGGGCCAGAAGGUUUCUGAGAUUGCUGGCUUUCUGAAAGGAGGUCACCAUGGAGAACACAAAGGCAGCAGCAGCAGCCACACUACUAGCACCCAAUACGGCUUAGCCACCCCAGCAACUAAUGGGCAGCAUGGGCUGAACCAGCACCAUGCAACUGGAACCAAGAAGAGGGGUGAGCGCAAGAACAACAAGACAGGUGGCAGCCGAAAUCUCCUUCAGAAGAUCAAGGAUGGCAUUUCUGGCCAUAGCAGCGAGAGCGACAGCAGCAGCAGCGACAGCGAAAAUGAAGGCUACCAAAAGAAGAACUAAAUGGAACAGAUGUGGGGGAUCAGCAUCAACUAAAUAUCAAGGACAGGGGAAGGAAGAUGUGCCUCAUCAUCACUAUAUAUGAUAACUCAAGUACAAGUAUAUACUAAGUGUAAAAUACAAUAAUGGCCUUACUGGCUUCUGAUCUCUCACCACUUGGUUAUCUACAUGUGAUACUAGUGAAAAUAUAUAU